CCUUGUUCCCAAGUCUUCGGCUCCAUGCCCGAGUUUGUGAGACACAUCCUCGGGGAACACGUCGGAGGAGCCGAGCAGGCCCUUCACGAGUGCCACUGGUUGGGCUGUCCUCGCCAGGACCAGCCCUUUAAGGCCAGGUACAAACUGGUCAACCACAUCCGUGUGCACACAGGGGAGAAACCCUUCGUGUGCUCCUUCCCGGGGUGCAAGAGAAUGUUUUCCAGGUCGGAGAAUUUGAAGAUUCAUAGCCGGUUCCACACAGGCGAAAAGCCGUUCAAGUGUGAAUUCGAAGGCUGUAAUAAGCGAUUUGCCAAUAGCAGUGACAGAAAGAAGCAUGCUCUCGUGCACUCCACAGACAAGCCAUACCGUUGCAGUGUCCAGGACUGCCAGAAAGCCUACAGCCACCCCAGCUCCCUGCGCAAGCAUCGGAAGAUACACUGGGCUAGCCUCAAGGUGGCCCCCGCUACAGACGCCACUGCCACCAUCGCCACAGACGAAGGGCCUAGCAGUUCCAGUUCAGCCUCCUCUCCUAGGCCCAGCACCUCUGAGAUCCAGGAGGAGACAGCCCCCGCCACUACUAGGCCUAGAGAACUUGCUCCCCGAAAGAUUGCCCGCUCUCAGGAGCUCCUUAUAUUGACCCCUCUACUGUCCCUAGCAGCUUCCCAAGGAGCCUGCAACCAUUACCAGUAG